UUUUUGUCAAAUCUAAUUUGAAAUAUGGCAAACAUCCAGCAUGCAAAAAAAGUUAAUGACGGUCGUCAGUGCAGACAAUUUUGACAGUUAUGUGAUUGAGGGCUUUAAUGGAAUCUAAAACUUGUAUCUCAACUUUAUCUGCAGAAGACCUGCGGUUGCAUCUCCUGUCGACUAACAAACUGCCGGCUGGAAUUCCAGAAAAAUUGCUAGGUAAUAUCUAUGUAGUAGGAAUCUAUUUUAAGUUGAACAUUUUCUGUGCUGUGUGUUUGUUGGUUGGUGAGACCCUUUUCCAAAAUGUCCAUUGAUUCUUUUAAAUGCUUUUUAUGUUCAGUUAUAGUUAAAGGCAAUUAUUCUCAACUGACAAGUCACUUGAAACUUUUUCAUGGCUUCCUGGCCUCAUGUAAAGAAAAAUGCCGACUACAUCUUCAAUGAAGCCGAAUGCCAGUUUAAGGUUGAAUGGUUGAAGAGUCAUCCGCCUGGAGGAGAUAAUGACACAGUCAUCAUUGAGUACAGCAAGGCGACUUUUGGGUAUCGCCAAAAAGAAAUCAAACAAACUCUGACUGAACCUGGUCUCAUCAUGAAAGAAUAUCCCCGCUUCAAGGACUUCCAAAAUGGAUCUCUGUUUCAGGUAGAAUUUCAAUUACUCUAUCCCGAUGCCAAGAACUUCGAAAAAGUCUUUAAAGAAAAAUUCUUAUUUAAAAUAUUGGCUCUGGCUAAUAAAAAAACAUUGACAUUCCUGACUGCCCUGACGAAUGUCUUAAGGCCGUUUUCGUGUUACUAAAGCUGACUCCAAGCAUCGUUAAACUCCGAAAAGUUAAUUUUCGUUUGAUUACGGAACGACUGAUAGUCUUUUUAAAGGAUAAUGCUGACUUGAUUCAAUUAAGCGAAACGCGAGACCCUCAUUUGAAGCAGCCAUUCAUCUGCUGCAUGGGAACGAUGGAAACUCCUACAAACUUCUGGAUUGUUAUCGAUCGUGAUAUAAUACUGUGUGGUAACGACUUUGCAACUGCUUUCGUUAACUUGUUUUGCUCGUUUUAUGCAUUUAAUUUAAAUUUCCCUCAGUAUUUUGAAUCAUUUUAUGGAUUUUUUUGAGGAAUGCGUUUUCGAUAUUAAAAUUCCUUCUCCCUCAGUAACAGCCUUUAGAGCAUCCCUAGAAUGUUUAAGAGACCUACAAGGCUAAAUUGCAAUGCUAACACAAUCGAGCUUAAAAGUGAAUGGCGCCCACUUUUAUAAAAGUGGGCGCUUUCAAGCUUAUAAGCUUGAUUGUGUCAUCAUGUGCAAUGAUGUUUAUUUUUAAGUUGAGGUGUUCCAAAAAUGCAAAUACUGUUGUCUUAUUUUGUUCUCCUGUUCUUUAUAAUAACAAACUGGGUUUUUUAUGAUAAAAAAUUUGUUGUAUUUGUAUAAAUGUUGUCUUGCACCGUUGUAGUAUGCUCCUUCCCAUAUACGUACACACACGAAAAAUGUACGAAUUUCUUUUGUUUAUUGUUACUGUGUCAAAUUUCAUGUUAUUUCGUGUUAUGAGAGCCCAUAGAGCUGUUUGGGUAUUCUGUAGAUUUUCAUUAACUGUUUGCAGAACAUUUUCAAUCUCGGCUGGCUUGGUAACAUCAAUCUGAACGAGGAAAAUAUUUGGAUUAUUUUGUUGCAUGUAGUUAGCCCCAUAUCCUUUGAGAUCCAAGCAAGUAGCUAUGACGUGAAAGCACAACUUUUCAGCAGUGAUGGCCAUCGAUAGUCCUAUAUGCCAGAGUCACAACCAGUGAUCAAUACACUUUUCCCAGAUGGUCCACAUUUUUUGUAUCCACCUUGUUCGACGAACUUGUACAUUAAGAAAGCCACAGUAACAAUAAACAAAAGAAAUUCGUA